CCGGUUUUUGGAAUCACAGCUUUGCUUUAUUCCUUCCUUUGCUGUAUAUUUCAGCCAGGAUUGGGUUGUUGCUAUUCAUCCUGUGCAGGCUGCAGCUUCACGGACAUCACAAACUUAUGCUACUGAGUUGGAGAAACACGGGAGGGUACUGCAGGAGAGCAUCAUGGGGCAGAGCUGGGGGUCAGCAAGGCAAAUCACAGAUCUGGGCUCCGGUAGAGGUACUGCAGAUCAGAGAUGUGUAGGAGCAGCUAGGAGCAAAGAAGUUCUCACUGCCCACAUGCUGGCCAUGUAAGCCUGACAUCAUCUCGGCUGGCCAGAGCCACAGUGCUGCCCUGUGAAAGCAAAAGGAAAAGCACAGCAGUGUCUGCAGUGCACAGGUGACUCUUGAUACAGCUGCAGGGCAUCCCAGUGGGUACGUACUGCAGUCAGUGCCAGCAUGGGGCCAGGAUACAGCAUCUCUCCAGCGUAUUUUUAGUUAUUUCAAAUCUACUCCUGUUGUUCCCUACCAGCUACAUUCCUCUCUUUUCCUUCUUUCAUAACCAGUAAUGAUGAACUCCCCAAAUCUCUACUUUCCUGUUGCUAUUUCACUUCAAAGUCCUAAGUUUGUCUCCAGGUUUUCCCAGGCAGCUCCGUGGAUGGUCUGACGACUGGGAUAAAUGGUGUGUCACUGGGUUACCAGGAGAAUAAAGCCAGAACAGCUGGGCAAAGACAAAUCGAGCAGGCAGGAGAACCUAAAACCUCAGCUUUCCUUUAUGAUUUUUCUCCAGUCUGUGGAGAAGAUGGGGGGAGGCCUCUCCCCCUCUCCCCUGCUGGUAGGGGGAUACGAGCUGGGAACCCCCACUCCCAUCCAUCCUGCCUCGUGGGAUGCUCACAUCUGGCUGACGUUGCACACACGCAGGUGCACACCCACACACACCCACAAUGCUGGGAAGGAGUUGUUUCAGAAACCAACAAGAUGAACAAUUAUCUCCUCUGUGUAAAGCAACAAGACCACUUCUCCACUCCCCAGUUUUGUCCCAGCAAUCUAAUAAAAAGGGAGAUUAGCCCCUCUUACAUCUCCUUAAUGCCGUCAUUUUAUUCACACUUUGCAAAGCAAAUAAACCAGCAAAUUGCUUGCUUUAAUGAGCUGAAAUUAAACUCGGGCUGCUGAUAAAAUGUCUUUCCUCCUUUCUGUUGUUGGAAAGGACUUGUCUGAUAGGCAGUAUACAGGAAAGAAGAGAAAACACAGCAGGAGCCUUAUUGAAUGUGUUUGAGUCACGGCCACUCUUCCUCAUCCCAGACACCUCCAAUUAGAUGGAAAGGGCACGUGGAUGUUGAGAAGGCUAUGAGGGCCUGCCUGGCAAGGUGCAUGGAAGGUCUUGUCUCUGCUCUUUGCUCACAGGAUGAUCCUGGUCCAUUAGCUCAUGCCUUCCAAUGGGCCGCGGGCUGUAGCUUCCCCAGCGACACAACAUGGAAAAGGCUGGUUUGUCUUGGCAGAGCAAUUCCAAACACCAGCUUGGAAAGGCAGCUUUUGGUUGAGUCAAAAUGGGAGUUAGAAGGGACAGAAUGAGUGCCUCCUGAAGAGAAUAUGCCAAGAUGCCAAGAAAGCACUAUCCUCAGGGGACACUGUGGCAAUCCAUUUCUGAUAGCUCAAUAGACCAGGACUAUCCAUCUCUGCCCUUCUCCAGCAUCUUUACAGGCAACAUUCACCUCAUGGGAUGCAGUCAGAGGAGCUGGAGACCAGGCUGGCCCCUGUGGCAGAGAACAGUGGAAACAUCCAGAGCUCUUGCUCCCAGCUGGAGAGAGCAAUGCAUCUGCUGGGACUUCCAUCCCAGCAAGAGGAACUUGGGGCACUCUCAUUCAGUCUCCUGCAGUCCUGUGAUGCAUCAUCAUUAUCUCGUGGUACCGAAGAGGAGAUUGGAGAGCAGAGAGAUUAGCUGAGUUGCCCAGUUCUGGGAGGGAUGUGAUGGCAGAUGGCUCUCAGCCCAGCACUGCUGCCCAUGUCUCUCAAUCAGUGAGGUAAACAGUCCUCCUCCCCUUCCUCGCUGGCUCUAAGGAUUUGAAGCUGAUGUAAGAGCUGAUGUGAGAGCUGGUCUUGCUAGUCAUGUAAUGGAAAUUCAAUCACGCUGUCAUGUUUCUAAUGGAUAUUUAUAUUUAGUGGAAAAAUGCAGGAAUAAUUCAAUGGAAAAUGUGAGCCAGGAAUGAGUUUUUCAUUGGUAAGUGAGGUUGCUGGCCUCAUAGGCUUCUUUCCUCAUUGGUGCAUGUCCAGUGAAGAUUCUUACUCGUUCUCCAGUGGCUGUUUUUGUCUGGGGAGGGAAGGUCUUGUCUCUUCUUCUGCAAAUAUUCAUAUUAUACACUGAAAGUUUGAGGGUCCUCCACACCUCUGCAUUAUUUUACUCAGGAGGGAGAGAUAGGUCCUGGAGACAGGCAGUAAGCCCCAACAACGGACAAGGAAAUGGGAUAAUGUCAAUCAACUUAAUGUGUCUUGUAGUCAAGGAGUGUCCUGAAACUACUGUUCAGGUUCCCAGAAACAGGUACAGGUGCUUGAUGCUGGGCUUUAUCCCAGAUGCUACACAGCAAUGCAGUCAGGAAGACACAGUGUCCUCAAUCAGCAUCCCCCUCAGUGGGCACUGCCACUGCACACACCAGCAUGCGAGACAGUCAGGAUUCCCCUCAGCAAAACAUUGCAGCAUCAAAUCUACAUCAGAGUGAGUUGUCUAGACUUCAUCUGCUCUCAGCAGAGAGGAACAGACACUUCUGGGGCACCACUCCUCUCCUCUGAAGGUAGACACUUAAAUAGGUCAGACGAAUGUUGCCCUGGAUGCACGUUGUUCUCUCCCCUGCCUAAAAUGUAAUGCUGGACAAUGCACUCAAAGGAGGAUGAUGUCUGCAGUUGAUGGCCACCUGCCUUAGUGAUGCCAAACACUGUAGGCUGUGCCCAAAUUAGCAAAAGACCCCUGGCAUGCUGGCAGCCAGAUUUAGAAGGCAAGCACCUAACAUUACGGAGGGUAGCUGGGUGCACGGCUAAGCAUGAAUUGUCUGUCUUCAUGUUCAGCUUGCAUUUUGUUUUGUUUUGAACAGGUGAACUGAGGAACCAAGCAAGGACAGCCAGCCCCACGGAGGCACGUGAAGAUGGGGACCAGCAUCAUGAUGGGCAGCAGAAAGAGAACAAGGAGAUGUACUAUAAAAAGUGAGAGGAAGGCUUGUCUCUGAGCCAAAGAUACUCCUUGGCACGGGCAUCCAAAUUCAUGACUCCCUUCCCAAAAUGCCAGAGACCUGGUGAUGCAGGACCAACCUCAGCCACCCAGGCCUUGAGAGCAGCCCCCGGCCGGUGGCUGCCGAGCCCCUUGGGCACCAAGGUCCACAUUCACCACGGACACUUCCCCCCGCAGCUCCAAGCCAUGAGGAGAAGAGAGAGAAGAACAAAGCUGCCGAAGGAGCUCUAACCCACGUCUUCCCGGCCCCUGCCUCUUCCCCUGCUUCCAGCAGACCAGGAUCCCCUUCUCCAUGCCACCCUUCCAGAUGGCAGGUCGCCGGUGGGCUGCGACGUCAGCCUUCUGCAUGUGUGUGGCAGCCGUCUCUCUCCUGCACGCUGGCGGGGUGCGGGCAGACUGCUGGCUCAUCGAGGGGGACAAGGGUUUUGUCUGGCUGGCCAUCUGCAGCCAAAACCAGCCUCCCUACGAGUCCAUCCCCCAGCAAAUCAACAGCACCAUCGUGGACUUGCGGCUGAACGACAACAAGAUCAAGAGCGUGCAGUACGCCUCGCUCAGCCGCUUCGGCAACCUGACAUACCUCAACCUGACGAAGAACGAGAUCUCCUACAUCGAGGACGGUGCCUUUUCAGGACAGUUCAACCUCCAGGUGCUGCAGCUGGGUUACAACCGCCUGAGGAACCUCACCGAGGGCAUCCUCCGGGGCCUGGGGAAGCUGGAGUACCUCUAUCUCCAGGCCAACCUCAUCGAGUCCGUCACCCCCAAUGCCUUCUGGGAGUGUCCCAACAUAGUGAACAUUGACCUGUCCAUGAACAGGAUCCAGAGACUUGACAGCAACACUUUUAGAGGCUUAAACAAGCUCUCUGUCUGUGAACUCUACAGCAACCCCUUCUACUGCUCCUGCGAGCUCCUUGGCUUCCUGCAAUGGCUGGAGGCCUUCACCAACAUGACACGCACGUACGACCGGAUGCAGUGCGACUCCCCACCAGACUACACGGGCUACUACUUGUUAGGUCAAGGCCGGACUGGCUACCGCAAUGCUCUGAGCAUGCUCUCUUCCCUUUGCACCGGUGGUUCCUACACUGUGAUCCCUCGUUUUAUCCCUCCCCGGUACCAAGUGACCACAGUGCCCUCCGAAAGCCCGUGCUCCGAGGAGGAGUGCUCCUCUGGUGAUGGCACCACCCCACAGUUCUCCCUCUUCACGCCCAUCGGUGAGACAGAGGUGCGGCCGAACAUCCAGGUGAAGCACCUCAACCACAACUCGGCCGUCCUCACCGUGCAGAUCCCCUACCCCUUCAGCAAGAUGUAUAUCCUCUCCCAGUUCGAAAACGGCUUCUCCUCCAUGAUCACCAAGCUCAGGAAGAAGGAGGAGAACAUCACCGUGAGCAACCUAGUAGCACAAAGAGAUUACACCUACUGUGUGGUCUCCGUCCACCAAUACUCCAAGUACAACCACACCUGUGUCACCAUCACGCCCACCAGACCCAACCGCAAGGAGCCGGUGCCCACUCCUUCCACUGCCACUCAUUACAUCAUGACAAUCCUGGGCUGUCUCUUUGGCAUGGUGAUCGUCCUGGGCGUCGUCUAUUACUGUCUCCGAAAGAGACGCCAGCAGGAGGAGAAGCACAAAAAGGCUGCCAGUGGCAUGAAGAAGACCAUUAUUGAGCUGAAGUAUGGGCCAGAAAUGGAGACCACCAGCAUCACCCAGCUGUCCCAGGGACAGAUGCUGGGCGGGGAGACUGUGACCCGCAUCCCCUAUCUGCCUUCCGCUGGUGAGGUCGAGCAGUACAAGCUCAUUGACAGCAGUGAGACCCCCAAGGCCACCAAGGGCAACUACAUGGAGGUGAGGACGGGGGAGCAGCCUGAGAGGAGAGACUGCGAGCUGUCCCUGGCACCAGACACCCAGAGCUCCGUGGCUGAGAUCUCCACCAUUGCCAAGGAGGUGGACAAGGUGAACCAGAUAAUCAACAAUUGCAUCGAUGCCUUGAAAUCUGAGUCCACUUCCUUCCAAGGGGUGAAAUCGGGGGCAGUCUCCACAGUGGAGCCUCAGCUGGUGCUCUUAUCAGAGCAGAUCCCCAGCAAGCACGGAUUCCUUUCCCCUGUCUACAAGGAAAGCUACAACCACCCCCUCCAGCGACACCACAGCAUGGAGGCAGCCCCCAAACGCUCCAGCACUUCUUCCAGUGGCUCCAUACGGAGCCCCAGGUCCUACCGCUCCGAGGGGUCGGGCCACAAAUCAGAAGCCAAAUACAUCGAGAAGACGUCCCCCACCACCGACACCAUCCUCACUGUGACACCGGCUGCAGCCAUCCUGCGGGCGGAGGCGGAGAAGAUCCGGCAGUACAGCGAACACCGGCACUCGUACCCUGGCUCGCACCAAGGGGAGCAGCACGACAGCAUGGCGGGGCGAAAGCCUUCCAUCCUGGAGCCUCUGACCCGGCCUCGCCCCAGAGACCUGGCCUAUUCCCAGCUCUCGCCGCAAUACCACAACCUGAGCUACACCUCCAGCCCAGAGUACACCUGCAAACCAUCGCACAGCAUCUGGGAACGCUUCAAACUCAACCGCAAGCGGCACAAAGAUGAGGAGGAAUAUAUGGCAGCCGGCCAUGCCCUGCGCAAAAAGGUCCAGUUUGCCAAAGACGAGGAUCUUCACGACAUCUUAGACUACUGGAAGGGCGUCUCUGCCCAGCAAAAGUCCUGAGUCCUCACACAACUCGUGACUUAAAGUAACUGGACCAAAAGAAAUCCGCAGCAGCUAUUUUUAUUCAGACUGUCUUUGAAACAAACAAGCAAGCAAACAAAAAUAAUGAUGAUAAACAAAACAAUAAAAAUA